AUGCCGCUUUCAUUCUUGCUAUUGCUCUCACUUAUCCCACCUUCGUCACUAGUAAUGGGGGGAUGUAGCAAUUAUGAUCCCGUAAAAAAAUGCCCGAAAGAGUCACCAUGUUGUAACAAUGGAUGGUGCUCAAAUAAUCCAAGGUUUUGUUCAACCGGUUGUGAUCCAGAUAAUUCCUAUAGUUCAAAAUCAUGCUAUCCUACACCAUAUUGCGUUAAUCUUUUUGAUAAUUUCGACGCGCCAAAGAUGAUAAAUGCCAAUAAUUUUUCUGGAAAUCCUAAUAACUAUGAUUGGACAUCUGAUUUCACACCGGAUUAUGCAAGUUAUAGUGAUAGUAAUCUCUUACUUUCGAUGAAAUAUGAUGGUGUCAAUAAAAAUUCCGUUGGUAAUUAUCAAGGAUUUGGAUCGACUGUCUCGUCGACGAGGUGGAUGGAAUAUGGAUGGAUAACUGCAAAGAUAAAGACUGCUUCUUCUAAGCUUGGUGUCGUAUCAUCGUUUAUUACUCGAGGUCUGCAAGGAGAUGAAGUCGAUUUUGAAUGGGUAGGUCUCGCCCCAAGUGAAGUACAAUCAAACUAUUAUUGGCAAGGUGUACUUGACUAUGGUCAUUCAACUCAUCACAAAAUCGGUAGUGACUCUUCCGCAGAUUAUCACAUUUAUGAGAUUGAAUGGAUGCCUGAUCAUAUUACAUGGUCUCUAGAUGGGAAACCGCUUCGUACGCUUCAAUUUGAAGAUACAAAAGCGUCGAAUGGUUCAUUCCUGUUUCCGUCAGGUCCACAACGAAUUCAAUUUAGUGUUUGGGACGGUGGGAUGGCUGCUGAAGGAACCGCAAAUUGGGCAGGUACUCCAACUGAUUGGUCUGAUAAGAGUCGCGUAUAUACAAUGUCUGUGGACUGGGUGAAUAUCACAUGUUAUUAUCAAGGAAAUGCUACUACGACAUGGCCACCCGAUGGAUAUGGACCAGAUACCACCACAAAUGGAACCACCCCAUAUCAGACACUUGGUGCAGGGAAUCCUACUCUUGGUGGACCAGGAGGUGGUAAUGUUGCUUCCAAUUAUAAUGCAACAAUUCCACCAUCUGAAAGUGCUGCGUUUCAAUUGAGUCAACUGAGUGUUGCAUUAAUCUCUUUGAUUUCAGCUUCAGCUAUUGUUUCAAUAUCUUUUUCCUUUAAGCAUGGGAAUUUAUAA